AUGCGCCGCACAGCAUUGCGGGCUCUUGAGUCCGCGAAGCCUCUGAACCGAGCUCCUCGCGCCGUGUCAAGAAGCUUCUCUACAGCCCUUGAGUCGUCUAGGGAUCCUGCCGACCUCGAACAAAUCACCACACUCCCCAAUGGCGUUCGCGUCGCCACGGAAUCAUUACCGGGACCCUUCGCGGGUGUCGGAGUUUACGUCGAUGCCGGAUCCCGUUACGAAGAUGCCAGCCUGCGUGGUGUCAGCCACAUCAUGGAUCGUUUAGCUUUCAAAUCAACCAAGACUCGCAGUGCAGAUGAUAUGCUGGAGACUCUAGAGGGUCUGGGCGGCAACAUUCAGUGCGCCUCGUCCCGCGAGUCGCUAAUGUACCAGUCUGCUAGUUUCAACUCGGCAGUUCCCACCACGCUUGGUCUGCUCGCAGAAACUAUCAGGGAUCCUCUUAUCACCGAUGAGGAAGUGCUCCAACAACUCGCCGUGGCGGAGUACGAGAUUGGCGAGAUUUGGGCUAAGCCUGAACUUAUCCUCCCGGAGCUUGUGCACAUGACUGCAUUCAGCAACAACACCCUCGGAAACCCCCUGCUUUGUCCUGAGGAACGACUAGGCGAGAUUAACAAGGCCGUGGUGGAACGUUACCGGGAAGUUUUCUUCAACCCGGACCGCAUGGUCGUCGCUUUUGCCGGAAUUCCCCACGCGGAGGCAGUAAAGCUCACCGAGCAAUACUUCGGAGACAUGAAGGCGAAUGAAACCAGCAAGACCAAGGGACCCGUGCUCUCCGGCUCCGGAAUCGAAACUUCCCUGUCCGACUCUCAAGCGGCUGCCCAUGAGGGCCAGGUCCCCACCGUCCCUCAGUUCACUCCCUCAUCGACUAUCAGCAGCCCGGCUGCCUCCGAAAACACACAAUCCUCGCUUUUGUCGAAGCUUCCUUUCCUCAAGCAUCUUUCCUCUUCCAAAAGCCAUGCUACUGUCGAGCCUCUUCACUCGUCCCUGGUUGAGCCCUCCUCUCUCAACCUUAGACAACCUGCUCACUACACUGGUGGCUUUAUUGCUCUCCCCCCGAUUCCCCCACCAGCGAGCCCUAUGCUUCCUCGCCUGAGCCACAUCCACCUUGCAUUCGAGGCCCUUCCCAUCUCCUCGCCUGAUAUCUAUGCCCUCGCUACCCUCCAGACCCUUCUUGGUGGCGGUGGCUCUUUCUCCGCCGGUGGACCCGGAAAGGGCAUGUACUCACGACUUUACACUAACGUGUUGAACCAACACGGUUGGGUCGAGAGCUGCAUUGCUUUCAACCACAGCUACACUGACAGCGGAAUCUUCGGAAUUUCCGCUUCGUGCAGUCCCACCCGCACAAACCAGAUGCUCGAGGUCAUGUGCCGUGAGCUCCAGUCCUUGACUCUGGACACCGGAUACACCGCCCUCCAAGCGCAGGAAGUCAACCGCGCCAAGAACCAGCUCCGCUCGUCGCUGCUGAUGAACCUCGAGUCUCGUAUGGUCGAGCUGGAGGAUCUUGGACGCCAGGUUCAGGUUCACGGUCGCAAGGUCAGUGUUCGCGAGAUGUGCGAGCAGAUUGAGGCUCUCACUGUCGAGGAUCUCCGCCGUGUGGCACGCCAGGUCUUUGGUGGCCAGGUCCACAACAAUGGCAAGGGUACUGGCCAGCCUACUGUUGUGCUGCAGGAAGGUGAGCUGGAGGGCUACAAGCUGCGUGCUUUCCCCUGGGAAGAGAUCCAAGAACGGAUUGCCCGGUGGCAGCUUGGCCGGAGGUAA